AUGUCGGCGCACCCAUCAAACCCGCAGCGUACUCCGUACAACGUGCUCAACCAGACCUUCCUCAUCGACAAUGCCUACGAAAUCACAAAGGACCUCGGCCAAGGCGCCUACGGUUGUGUAGCAGCUGCCACUCACAGGGGAACCGGAGAGAGCGUAGCCAUCAAAAAGAUCACCAACGUGUUCACCAAAAAGAUCCUCACAAAGCGCGCGCUACGAGAGAUCAAGCUGCUGCGUCACUUUCGCGGUCAUAAGAACAUCACCUGCCUCUACGAUAUGGACAUCAUCGACCCUGCCGGAUUCAACGAAGUCUACCUCUACGAAGAGCUUAUGGAAGCCGACCUCCACGCCAUUAUUCGCUCGGGACAGCCAUUGUCAGAUGCGCACUUCCAGUCGUUCAUUUACCAGACGCUUUGCGGCUUGAAGUAUAUUCACUCGGCAUCGGUGUUGCAUCGCGAUCUCAAACCCGGAAACCUUCUCGUCAAUGCGGAUUGCGAGCUCAAAAUCUGCGACUUCGGUCUGGCUAGAGGAUUCGAGACCGAUCCAGAGCUGGCCAAGCAGGCAGGUGCGGGAUUCAUGACCGAGUACGUUGCCACCCGAUGGUACCGUGCGCCAGAGAUCAUGCUCAGCUUUCAGAACUACACCACGGCGAUCGAUAUCUGGUCGGUUGGAUGCAUUCUUGCCGAACUGCUGGGUGGACGACCGAUCUUCAAGGGGAGGGACUACGUCGAUCAGCUCAACCAGAUCUUGCACUACCUUGGAACGCCCUCCGAAGAGACGUUGCGAAGGGUCGGAUCGCCACGGGCCCAGGACUACAUCCGAUCGCUUCCCUUCCAACCUCGCAUUCCAUUCCAACGGCUGUAUCCGCAAGCCAACCCUCUUGCGCUGGACCUGUUGGAACGCAUGCUCGAGUUCGACCCCGCCAAACGCAUCUCGUGCGAAGAGGCGCUCCAACACCCCUACCUGGCCGUCUGGCACGACCCUGCCGACGAGCCCGUCUGUCCGCGCAAGUUCGACUUCGGCUUCGAAAGUGUGGACGAGGUGGAGGGGAUGAAGCAGCUCAUCCUCGAAGAAGUUCGAAGUUUCAGAACCGAAGUGCGGAGGCAGGCGAGGAUGAUGCAGCAGCCAAAGAGGCAGGAGAGCCUGCCGAUCCCGAGCAGGGAGGACAUCCAGAAGAGCAGUCCGACGGACGAGGAGCCGUACUCGGUGUUGGGUGCCAGUGCGGGCAUCAUCCAGGGUGCGACGAACAGCGAACAUGCGAGCGGGGUGGAUGACGCUUGUGUCAUGGAGGAUCCGGCGGAGAGCUUUGAGAGGGAGUUGACGCAGGGUAGGUGA